GUAUUGCUUAGAGACCCUUUUGAUGAUAAUGUACUGCCUAUUGUUGAGGAACUUCAAAGACGUUUGCCUCUAGUAAGUGCCAAUUUCCAAGGCCAAGGAGAAGAUGAAGAAACCUCAGGGGUACAGAAAGAUGUUGAAACCGAUGAACUCAAAUUUCCAUUUGAAUUUCGGGCAUUAGAAGUUGCACUAGAAGGUAUUUGUAGUUUUCUUGAUGCGCGCACAAGAGAACUAGAGACUGAUGCUUAUCCGGCUCUAGAUGAGCUGACUUCCAAGAUUAGCAGUCGGAAUUUGGAUCGGGUGCGAAAAUUGAAGAGUGCAAUGACCAGGUUGACAAAUCGGGUUCAAAAGGUAAGAGAUGAACUCGAACAACUUCUUGAUGACGACGAUGACAUGGCCGACCUUUACUUAUCAAGAAAGCUGGUUGGGACUUCACCUCUCAGUGACUCGGGUGCUCCAAAUUGGUCUCUCGCCUCACCUACCAUAACUAUAGGCUCAAGGGUGUCCAAAACAAGCAGGGCAAGUGCAGCAACGACAUCCGAGGAGAAUGAUGUUGAGGAACUUGAGAUGUUGCUUGAGGCUUACUUUAUGCAAAUUGAAAGCACAUUGAAUAAAUUGACCACGCUCCGUGAAUACAUCGAUGACACAGAGGAUUACAUUAAUAUCCAG